AUGGUCGCACCACAAACUGGGAUGGUCCGACAGCAAAAUGUCAUGCUUCAGGAGCAAGCAGCAUCAAAGGAGAGGGCGGAGAGAAUGCUGCAGGAACAGGCCGACUCCAAGAUCAGGGAGGAGCAAGUGCUGAAGAAGCAGCAGGAAACGAUCGACAGGCUGAUUGUUAACCAGCACCGGGUCGAUGCCAUCCUCGUCCAGAACUAUGAGCUGCACCAUUGCGAAAAGGCAGCACAUAUCAGGAACCUCUUGGAUCGACCUCUCCGCGAACUUGUGCUCACAUUAUCCUCCAACAAUUACGAUUUCAACGCACUACCACUUCCGACUACCUUGGCGAGUCUGAAGAUUACCAUGAAGCAUUGGGCGACUGUUGAUAUCACCCAAAUCUUGGCCAUCUGUCCAGCGUUGGAGACUUUACACUUCCUUUGCACUAGAGUGAUCACCUUCGGUGGGCCUCUAACAGAACAAGGCAAGAAGGCUCUUCCGGACCGUCUUCGAUUGCGGUCGUUGGUGCUCGAACAACCAGAGCUCAGACAGGCAUGGAUCGAGGACCUGUUGGCCAUUACGCCCAACUUGGAGGAACUCCAGUUGAUCACAUUCUCUUGGGACGUUCACAACGGUUGGGAAUGGUCACGAUUCCGCGACCACCUGGAGACCCUCUCCCUCCUUCUUAAACGGUUCCAUCACUCGAUCGAAUGGGACAGCGCGCCCGAUGAGGAAUACCAGAAGGAAGACUUUGCUAUCUGUCCCCAAGCACAGGAGCUUACCAUUAUGACCCACCACUUCACGUGGUGGAUAGUCAAGACCUUGUGGUACUGGCCAGUGUUCUGA